CGGGAACACUUUGUUUUUAUUUUAUAAGUUUAUUCUUUUGCGUAGCACAUACAAAAUAGAAGUUUAGAAGAGAGUAAAUAGUCUUAAGAAAGUAAAAGUAUAGUUUAAAAAAAACUUAAUAACAUACAUUCUUAUCCAUGAUUCAACUACAAUGUCGAUAACAGAGGAAGAGUGUUUUAAAGAUACUGUAAAAGUGCUCAUUAAUGCAUUAUCAGACAGUGAUAACUCAGUAAACAACAGCAUCAUAAAGUCUGUUACUAAAAUAGCCAACAGAUAUCCUAACGAAGUUAUUGAGAUUAUUUAUGAAAUAUACAAGAACACAGUGUACUGUAACUCAUUACAGACAGGAAAUAUUGUUAAAAUCUUGGAACAAACAUGUGUGAGUCAAGUUCGAAGGCUCAAUGCUCAAGUUGCAGCAGGAUUAGUGGCUGCUAUGCUGCGGGCAAUGACAGAGACCACAAACGAACAUACAGUACAGAUGGGAGCCUCUUCAGUCUUAGUGGCUGUGGGACAUGAGUAUUUGGAUUUAGUACUUCGCAGUCUGAUCGAACAGUUAGGUCCAACAACCGUGCCACACUUUGCAGUAGUCCACACACUGGGCACUCUUGCUGUCCUCAACACGAGGGAUAUCGUACCUCACAUCAAGGAGGUUCUUGGCAAAAUGUUACCACUCCUACCGCUAGUCAAGCAAGACCAUGUUAAACAAGCCUUCGCUUAUGCUUUCGGUCAUUUUGCCGUAGCAAUUGCAGAACAAAUAGGCGACAAUGUUGAAAAUGACAGCAUCACAACAAUCAAGGACAAUUUUGUCACAGAAUACUCGAUUGUGUUUGACGUACUUUAUAACCAAUGGUUGCCUUCUCACGAGGCGAAUGUAGCCGAGACUGUCCUCGAAGCUCUAGGUCCUAUAACUAGACUCAUCCCUGAGAGACAAUUCAACGACUCUGUUAAUAAAUUCGUCCUAUACCUACUCUCAAUGUACCGCAGACCCGCUAUCAACUUCUUCUGUAUAAGUCAAUGUAUAUCUUACCUAUUAUCGCCAUCACCAUUGAAUCCAAAGUUAUCGUUAAAUGAUAAUACUGUGAGCACAAUAAACCAUGUACUUUUCAAUCUAAUAGUACUUGAGCCAGAUUAUGAUCAACCUCAAACAGUUAAGAACCACUUCGAAGUACUCCGUUGUUUUGACCACAUGGCAACCCAAUAUCCUGAUCCAACUAUUGAAAUGCUCCUACACCUGUGCAAAAACAACCAAGAGAAAGAAAGAAUGAGAUCUGUUAUUAUUCUCACCCAUCUGACAACUUCUUCUCAAGUGUUCAUGGAAAACUUUGUUUCUAAAUUUACAGCAAUUUUAAAGGUCAUGAUAAUGAUGGAACAGGGCAUAAAAAUGAAAAAGAUUCUAGUCAAGGCAAUCGUAGCUCUGGUGUAUAGAAAUUGUAUUAUGGCCACAGAUGACUUUGCUAUGGUGGAGUUUAUAAUUAAGCAUUGUGGCUAUGAAGGUUCACAAAAUUCAUCCAAAAAUGAUGUGAUGGAUCUUCGCGACACGUGCAAAAACUCGCUUGUACUGUUGUGUAAUACUGUCAUUAGCGUUAGGUCGCAACUUCUUAAUUUGUUACUAACAGCUUUAACCAUUGAAGAAUUCACACCAGCAAUGCCAACUGUUAGCCGUUGUCUAGUCUCUUUGUUGCAAAACAAUUCUAUCGUUAAGUCGGAUGAAGAAAAAGAAAAUCCAAAAGAAGCAAAAUGUUCUCCUGACCUGGUUUUCGUAAGAUGCUUAAUUCAUUUAGUUGAUCCUGAAGAAGUUGAAAGAAAUAAGAAUCUAUUGGUGUUUUUAGAAGAAUAUUGUUGCGAUGUUCAUAAGAACCUCAAAACAUCGUGGACUGUAGAAGUAAAGCGUCUUUUGAAAUUUGUUGAAUUGAAUGAAUCUUUAGAACAGUGGCAUCAGAUGUUAUUAGAUCUCAUAGUAAGCGCGGUUGAAGAAGUAAAUAAUGAUAAGUGGGUUGAGAAAAUAUCGUCUCUAAUAUCUCAACAGAUAUUAUCAAAGAAACAAUCACCAAUGGUUAAAGGCGUGGCUUUGCAAUACUUAGCUGUUUUAUCUUGUCAUAUGUCGAAUGCUGCAGCUGUUGAAACAGUCAUAAAAAUUAUUCUGCUGGCGUUAAGGUCAAUUCCAAUGGAAACUGUAGGUUACGUAAGUAAGGCUGUAGGAAUCGCAUCUAGACAACACGGUGAAGCCGUUAUUAAUGAAUUAGAUUCUCUUUAUAAAGAGAAUGAAGCAAAACGUGGGAAUAAAUUACUAAAUUUCCUUUCAACGAGGGCAUCGCGAAAUGAGGCAGAACUGGGUGUAGUGAAGUACGCUCUUAUUAUCUGCUACGGCAAAGUUGCUGCGGAGUGCUUGGAUGUGCACGUCUUAGCCAGAUUGGGUGAUAAUGUAACUGUGACGCUUUUAGACAUUCUCAAAUCUUGUCCUGGAUUUGACCUUUGCAGUGCAAGUAUUACAACUCUAUAUGAAAUUGCGAAAGCAUUAUACCCAGCAUCUCAUCACAACGUAGGUCUUAGAAAUCGUUGGCAACUACUGAAUGCUGUUCUCGAACAAAUAUAUAACUCAAACUUAGAUAAGCGUAAUGUUGAAUUGUAUCCAAAAAUUGUAAGAGCAUCAAAAGAAUUGACUAAAUUGCAAAAAGGAAUAUUGCCCGAGGAACGGAAUACGAUUCUUCGUGUGUUAUUCAAUAGUAUUUUUGGAGAACUGUCUUCUUUCAAACGAAAGUAUGAAGUAGACAGCAAUGCUGACAAAAACGAUCUGCUGGCAAAAACACUGAAUGAUUCGUUAAUACUAUUACACGAACUCAUAAAAGAAUUAGUUAUACAAUCCACGUGCCUUAGUACCAUAGAUGAUAUCGUAACACUAUUAUUAGAAUGGAUCCGUCAUGAAAACGAUGAAAUUCGAACCGCUGCUGUGAUGAUUCUGCAAGUUGUUUUUGAUUCGUAUAUCAGAAAUGUUAAGUUGAAUUUUGAAACGCCAAGUAAAUUUGGACAAAUGGGCUAUUUGCUGGGUAUCAUAGUACCGGGUGUUGCUGAUGCAAAUUUUCCGGUAAGGCUGACCACCGUAGAUUGUAUCAAACUGAUCAUACAAAUACAAGAUCUGUAUGAAGGGCACACGGUGGAAGCUGACGACGAGUGUAUGACAAACUUGACCAACUUACAGAACAAUAUACUUACAAAUGAUUUGUAUAUGAUUAGUGAAUAUUGUAUGAAAUUAUGCGAUACAAUCUCACCCAAGAUACCACAUCUGCACAUGAUGCAGUACAUUGAGAGUCUGUUGGAGGGAUUCGAUGGUAACGAGUUAAGAAGUGUCGGUAUAAGUUCAUUACUGGACGCGUUUUUUAUUAAAAAAGGGCAGGAUUUGUUCCAAAAUAUUGAAAGGAUUGUGGAGGUUAUGUUGUCGACUAUGGAGGCCGUAAAUUUUGAGGCUGCGAAUAGACUGAUGCGACCGCUUAUAUCUUUGACGAGAAAUCAUUCAAACGCAGUAACUGCUGUACUAUUAGCGCAAAGGAUACCAUUGAAACAGUGUGUGCUAAGUAGUUGGCGGAAUCUUGCCCGUGACGAAGGACUUUCAUCAGCUAUUCUUGAUAAUUUCUUACGUCUGAUGUCCUCCACUGAGCUGUAUGAAGACCCCUAUCACAUAACGGAGCAUCAUAUAGCCGCGUUGCAACCUCUCACGCUCAUCAGUGCUUUGGGCGAAAUGUUACAAGAAGAAUCGAUGCGACCGAUCUGUAUCAAAAAGUUUCCGGAAAUGUUUGCCAUGUUGUACACGACCCUGGCGUGCUACGUGGAGGCAGAGCCCCCGGCCUACGCCGUGCCCUCCCACAAGGGGCACGAGCGGUUCGGCUUUAUCCCGAACAGGGAGGCUAUCAAGUUGUCCCCGGCCAAGAUCACUAUAAAUACUUUCAAUUGUUUUCUAGAAAGGGCGGACUGCUACAAGGUGAAGGAGGCAUGUUCGCUUUGCCUCACGAUAGAGCACGGAGACAGUUCCAGUAUUGUGCUCGAGCUGGCUCCCAUCCUGGGUGGCUCCAUCUGCCGCUCGUGUCCAGCACACCUGGCGCGGCUGAUAUCCAGCCUGGUUCCUUACGCCAGAUCUCCCCUGCCGCCGCAGAGGUGUGCUGUGCUAGCACUACUCGCCGAUUUGUUGAAUUAUAGAUGCAACGAGAACGCGGUUCUGGUAGAGAGUGUGUUGGCGACGCUGAACACGGGCUGGAAGGACGAGGACCCUCGAGUGCGGGCUGCGUGCCUGCGAGGUGCUGCCAACGUGAGCCAGCUGCGGGAGGAGCAGCGGGCGCAGGCCCUGCCCGCCGUACUAGCAGCGCUCAGCCAGGGGGUCGACGCGCAGAAGACGCAAUCUCCAGUUGCCAACAUACCACUGGCAGCAAUACAAGGUUUGAGCCGUCUCCUAAUCGAAACGGAUCAUAUAGACAAAGAGUUUGACCGCGAGCUCCUGGCGAUCGCGCAGAAGAUACGGCCGUUCAUGAACACGGAGUGCAGUCAGCUGCGGGAGAGCUCCAUCCGGCUGUUCGGUGUGAUAGCGGGCCGCGUGCGCGCAGACAGUCUGCAGGAGCAGGCCGUGAGCUCGCUGCCAUGCUUCCUGCUGCAUCUGUGUGACGCCAACCCCGCUGUGGUCCGGGCGUCCAAAUCCACCCUGCGCCAGUUAUUCAAGACAUUCAACGUGAAGAAGCUGACCGAGUUCAUCCAGAGCCACCUGGUGGACGAGGGCCGGCUGUUCGUGGAGGAGUUCCUCUGCGCCCUGCUGCGGCUGGUGGCGGACGAGCUCCCGGCUGCGCUGCCCGUGUGUCUGCAGACGGCCGGCAACUACCUGCACGGCGCCCGCGAGGACCUGAAGCCCUACGCCCCGCUGCUGCUAGGUUAUCUUUAUACUGAACUAGUCCGCAUGCGGGAUCAAUAUCCGGAAGAAACCAGCCUAGACCCGGAAAUAACCGGAGUGGCCCGGCAACGUCUCUUGCAACUUAUUAAAGACCCCAACCCGUUGGUCAGACAGAACUCGGCCUUCGCUCUGUCUAGCAUCUGUCUGACCUGCACGUUGUGAUGACAGCGGCCCUAUCGUGUUCAGAUCUCUAUGGAUUAAGAAGAUUUAUAUAUUUAAACAAUGACGUUCUAUAUACAUAUAAGGAUAUAUCAUUCGCAGUCUGAUAGCGGAGCGGGAAAAGUGUGCUUGAAGACAAUGUAACACUGACCUACUACUCCUAUAUACCACUGAACUGGCGGCUAUCAAAGUGCUUUUGUGCGUGUUUGAUGUUCACCAUUCGCCAUUUUGGCGCUGUUAGCGAUGUAGCGAGAGUCUGCGAUACUAAAACUAGUGAUGACAACCUCAGCAAACAUCGAUAGAUGGUGGGAAACUAUUUACAAAGAAAAUGUGUACUUUAUUACGUUGGUUCUUGAAGUAUAAAUAACGCGGAAAACGAACGAAAUUAAUUCAAAAUGCAAAAAUUCGUCAGAGUAUUGUACGUUCCUUCGUAGCCAUUUAUAUUAUACGUCAAAAUUAGUUCUCUGGACGUACGCGAGUGGUGCUUCAAAUAGGCACAAAAAAUUUGAUGUUAAACAUAAGGAACAGCCUGUCUAGUGUAUUGAUACAGGUCAAUGUAAUGUAAGCACUUUUCUCUUUAGCCGUGUGUCAACUGUCAUUGUUCGAAACGGGUUCUAAAUUCAACAUACGGAACCUAAACUGAAUAAACGUUUUACAUUGCUGCUUAUUGACCAAGAAUAUUUGAAACAAUCGGAGUAAAUGCGUCAAUGUAUAGAUAUAAUAGUCGAAGCGUAUUAUGGUGUUAUUUGUGGCAUAUUCCAAAUUUCGGCCUUGUUUUUAUACCACGUGAUUUGUCUAUGUGUAUAGAACGUCAUUCUAUUUAAUAUUGAGUUAUAUUCUUGUUUAUAAUCAUUAAUUUAAGAAUUCAUAUGUGCGAAGUCAAUGAAUGAAAGAUAAUUAAAUCCGUUAUUAACUCUACAAAUAUUUUAUAUGUAAAAAAAUAAUAUAAUUUAUACCUGAACGUGGCAUCGUAUUCACGUGAAAACUGGGACGGACAAAUAACAAUUUUAACGGUCUCUGAAUCAAUUUUUGUUUGGAUAUUUAAUAUUUAUGCGCAAAACGUUCUACUGGUAUGACUAUUUUGUUACAUUGCAGAGAAAUCUAAAUAUGAAGGUACUCGAAGUAACAUAGACGCGUUAAACAUUUCGCCGCAGUUAUAAAUACUUGGAUUCACAAUUGUUGGUCAGCGCAGAAGACACCAACACAACACUGGUUUCACAGCUGUCACAGUAUAUCUAGACGUAUAAAUGAUCUAAGAGUAAUUUAUUAUGGUGUUUUUUUAUACUCCACCAGAUAGUAAGGAGGGAUUUAGCAUUAUUCUUUUUUACUAAACUUUUGUUUAAGUAAAAUAUGCGGUGAUCAUUUUUCACUAUGAGAUUCUUAAUGUAUUCAUAUUGAUUCUAUUACUAUUGCUGCAGGAGUCUGUCAAUAUCCGGAGCGUUGCAAGCGUAAUGUAAUGCACCUAUGUAUAUAAAACAGGCGACAGUCGUGUCGCUAGGAAUUUGCACUUAUAAUAUUUAUAAUUACCUUCUUUUUAGAUUUCUAGUGUGUUGGAGCAUCGGAUUCGCUUCGUGCGUACAAACGACACUCUUGUAGUAAUCUGCUUUUAUUUUGUAUGAAAAAUUUUUGCCCUUGGUAAACUUAUUUUUUAAAUCUUCGCUUACGCUUCCACGUAGCGCAAAACACUAUAAAUAGAAUCAUUUAUUCAUAAAAAAUUGAUUACUGUAGAUUUUUUUUUCACACGACAAACAUGUGAAACAAAUGGCGCUCUGAGAGAGAACGAUGCCUAGCUAUGCUAUUUUAAGCACAGAAACUGCGUGCUAUUAACAAUAUUGCGUACACACGUGCGACGCACGCACGUAGCGUGCGGGUAAAUACGCAAUCUUUUAGUCAUUUUUAUAUUAUGAAGAAGAAUCGAAUUGAAUAUUAUUAAUAAUCCUUAAAUAUUACAUUACUAUAUAUUUUUUGCUGUAUGAAGUAUUGUCAGAAAUAGAAUGGUAUAUAUAUAUAUAUUAAAGAAUGAAAUUAAUAUUGAAUCAAAUUUAUUAUACGGUUUUUUUGUAGUAGGUAAGAAUGUGUGAUAGAACUGAUUAGAAGAUCUGGUGAGAAUUUUUAUUUGUUGUUAUUUUUGGCCAGGAGUCUUAAGAAGUAUGUGCGUUAGGAUAUUAUAUUGUAGGUAAGUGCAAUCCUGUUACAUUUAGUCGUGUAAUAUUAACUAUGUAAUGUUUACUAUAUUACUAAAAGGACGCUUACUGCAUUUUUAGUGAAGUUAAGCUUCAUUCUUAUUUAAUAUUAUACGUUAACUUCUGACAAAUUUUACACAAAAGUACAAACACAACCCCAAACAGGUUGUUCUAAUAUUCAUUAGGGAUUUCAACUUCCUCCUAAUUUUAAAUUUGUUUAAGUUGUUAGUAAUAGUCAUAGUACUGAUGUACAAAAAAGCUAUUAAUACUUAUACGUUUAUACUUCUUGAAUUCCUCUUCCUUUUCAAAUGAGAUAGUAAGGCUCUAUUUAGUGGAUCAAAUAUUGUCAAACUACUUUAUUUAAAAUGCAUGUAUAAAGGGAGUAUUCAUUGAUGAAUCGAUCGGCCAUUUUCAAUUUCUAAUAAUAAACCUUGCGAUAUACUUUUUGUUAUAACUAUUCAUUUAGUCUGUCAUUCAUUAGGUAUAUAAUAUAAUCUAAAUUGGUUCCUUAAAUUUUCAACAUACGACUUAUUAAUUGUUACUAACUCUGUAUCUCUUCAAAUAAUCUCGUAAGUGAUGUGAUACUUAAAGUGUUAAAUAAUAUUAAGACCUGUCAGUGCUUUAAUCGGUUUAGAAAAGUCGAGAGGCAUAUUUAAAAUUAGUGGAUAUUUGAGCAAUCGUUGUUAAGUGUACAAUUCCUUUAUCAACACAUUUUAUAUUCCUGUGUGUAUUGUGUCAUUACUCUGUGUUUGAAAGACUAGUGAAGUUUAAAAUAACGGUCAACUUAGCAUCGUACUAGAAUUGCCGCCAUUUUGAAAUUGGCCAUCUUGUUUUAUAUAUGCCUAAAUAGCGGCAAUACUAACGACGUUCUGUCAAAACUGUCAAGCUAUUGCGGUCUGUAAGAAUAAUACUUAAUUACUGGGGCAAUAUUGUAUUCCCUCUUAUUUAUAAUUCCUCUGACGUGUUACUAUGCUAAGAUAGUCCCAGGAAGCGUCUCUUUAAUCCGUGAUCAAAUGUAUUGUCUCUUUUAUACACAGUUAUAGGCAGCUUUCUGAAAUACGGGCCGAACUUUACUAUAAAUAUUCCUGUUGUUAAUACGCUUUUGAUAGAGCACGUUGAGAUGACAAGAGUUAAACGCGCUAUUGGAAACAAAACCGAAUACGUAUUAUCUAUUACCUAAAUACUUUUUUUUACAAUAUAUUUUUCAAUAAACUGUUAUGUAGUGGAGAUAAUGAUAACUAUAGAACGGUUUUAGACAAAAACAAUGGUGACAAUAUAAGUUUAUAAAGUAUUUUGUGCACUUAGUCUUCGAUAGCAAAAUAAAUAAUCCGGAUGUGUAUUCGUGUAAACGCGCGCUUAUCGACUGUUUUCGAAACGUGCUUCGAGUGUUGCUAAACCUACCGCUAAAGUUGAAAAUGAUAUUGUUGAAAAUUUAUUAGAAAAGAAGGAUAUAUACAUACCUAAUUAGGUUAUAAUAAUACAAAUAAAUAUUCCAAAAUUGAUCGAAUACAUUCGAAAGUGUGAUAUGAUAUGUUUAAAAUAAAUUAUUAUUCAGGAA